UUCCUGCGCGCUUCAACCCCACGACACGACACGACACCACCCCCUUUCGCCAACAAUCCCGGAUCCCGUGUCAAUCUAUCCAAGAUGUCGGCUUCAACGGAGAAAUCCAAGGUCCACAAGCUGUCCUUGAAAGGAUCGUCGAAGAUGGUGGCGGAAUUCUUCGAAUACUCCAUCAACUCCAUCCUCUUCCAGAGAGGCGUGUAUCCUCCCGAGGAUUUCACCACCGUGAAGAAAUAUGGCCUCAACAUGCUUGUCACCUCCGACGACCAGGUCAAAGCCUACAUCAAGAAGAUCAUGUCGCAGUUGAACAAAUGGAUGAUGGGUGGGAAGAUCUCCAAGCUUGUCGUUGUGAUUACCGACAAGGAGACUGGCGAGCAUGUGGAAAGAUGGCAGUUUGACGUCCAAAUCUUCGGGAAACACACCAAGAGCCAGUCAUCCCAGUCUUCCGGUGACAAGGAAAACGCCCCUGGUGACAAGGAAGCCGCCGCACCGAUCGAGAAGACCGAAAAGGUGAUCCAGGACGAAAUCCAGGCCAUUUUCCGCCAGAUCACCGCCUCCGUGACCUUCCUGCCUGUUCUUGGCGGCGACUGCACAUUCAAUGUCCUCGUGUACGCCGACGCCGACUCCGAGGUGCCCGUCGAAUGGGGCGACAGCGACGCGAAGGAGAUCAAGAACGCGGAGAAGGUGCAGCUCCGAAGCUUCAGCACCAACAACCAUCGCGUCGAGACCCUGGUCAGCUACCGUCUCGCCGAUUAGAAGAUACAUUGAUUCACGGGUGUUCAUACGGAGGCGUUAGGGACAAGAGGAUGGGAUCUGAGUUUCGGAGCAUUUCGGGGAUCUCUUCUUCACUUCGCUACUAUGUAUUUUGAUAUUUCUGCUUCUUCUCAUCGCAUGGCUAUCAAUGACUUAAUGAACAUGAACAUGCAUGCAUC